UUAAUUAAUAACAACCAGUCUCUUUCAAAUCCGCGCCUCUUACCCCCUUUUCUCAUCACUCUUUCUAAACUCCAAUUUCAAACCCUAAUUCGCCUUCAAUCAAUCCACCUAACAACGCCAAUUUCAUCCCUACACAUCCAAAUCACCCAAACAAUUUGAUCCAUUCGCGUUUCUUCCAACCUUUUUGCGAAAUUUAGGGUUUUUGUGCGCUUAAUUCUUGUGGAAAUUUGAUUCAACGCUUGGUUUGCAUUGCAAGCUGGCUAUGGACUACGGGCCGUAUGAUAGCAGCGGAACCGAUGAUGAUCUUCCUCCAUCCCAUCAAAACCGAAUUCCAAGAGGUGGGCAUGUGGCAGGUAAUGGAAGACCUGCAGUUAUGGGUGCUGUACAAUAUCCUCUUCGGAUGUACGGGGAGACUGAUAUGGAAGCACAAAUUCACCUCCUUGAGCAAGAAGCAUACAGUUCGGUUUUACGAGCCUUCAAAGCCCAAGCGGAUGCAAUUACUUGGGAAAAGGAAGGCUUGAUAACCGAGCUCCGUAAAGAAUUGAGAUUGUCAAAUGAAGAACACAGGGAGCUUUUGCUCAAAGUAAAUUCAGACGAUGUUAUCCAAAGAAUAAGGGAGUGGAGACGGUCGAGUGGGCUUCAACCUGGGAUGGUCAACACGAGUCAAGCGGUUCAUGAUCCAUUACCGAGUCCAUCAGUGUCGGGAACCCGUAAGAAGCAGAAGAUGAACUCAUCAGGUCCUUCUCAAUCCUUUGGUGUGCCACCUCAGCAUGUACCUCUACCCACUUCUUCAUCUGCUAGAAGAGGACCCGUGACAACGACUAAGGGGAAAAACAAGAAAUCCAUGAUGGGUGGUGCGUCUUCUAUAAAACCUCAGCACCCUCCAUCAGGCUCAACUGGGCGGGCCCAGCUCGGUAACCGUGUCAUUUCCGGUGUACAUGCAAACGGGGCUGCUGAAACAUCGUCAUUCUCCACAUUGAUCGGGCGAAAAGUGAGAACCAGGUGGCCCGAUGACAACAACUUCUAUGAAGCUACAAUAACAGAUUACAAUCCUAACGAGGGCCGGCAUGCUCUAGUAUAUGAUAUGUAUACAACAAAUGAGACAUGGGAGUGGGUCAAUCUUGCGGAGAUAUCUCCAGAGGAUAUACAAUGGGUGGAAGUGGAGGCUCCUGGGAUUCCUCAUAAAGGGGGCUAUGGUGGAUCGGGUCAUGGAAUGGGCCGGCCCGUUGGACGUGAUAGUGGCCCAGGUGGAGGAAGAGGUAGAGGGAUGAAUAAGGGGCAAACGAGAAAGGAUUUUCCACCGUCACAGAAUGGCGUAGGAAAGAAGGCUUUAGAUGAUAUUCAGUUACUUAACACCGACACAUUAAUAAAGGAGGUGGAGAGGGUGUUUGGAUCUAGUCAUCCGGAUCUUCUUGAGAUAGAGAAAGCUAGGAAAGUCUUGAAGGAACAUGAACAAGCGCUUGCUGAUGCCAUUGCAAGACUAGCAGAUAUUUCGGAUGGUGAAAGUGAUGAAGGUGGGCGAUCUAUGCGUGGAAAGCCAAUGGAUCGAGAAUAACCCGAUGAUGAAAAGAAUACAGGCGGGGAGAGGUCAAUAGGGAUGUUUAUUUUAGGGAUAGAGAUUAUGUUACAAAGCAAGCGUUGUAAAAUAUAAUAUGAUGGUUGUUGAUGGUUACCCCCUAGUUAUAAUGUGUAGAAGUAAUUCUAGUAUUUGGGGUAAAUUAUCAUCAUCGUGUUCAUCCUUUAUAUAUAUUUAUUUGCAUUUUUUUUAUUUUGAUCUCCUGUCAACCCUAAAUCGCGUUCAGGCCGUUGGCAAUCAAUGCUGUACAAUAGAGAGUAACUAAACACUUGAGCAA